AUGAAGGUUGUUCUCUUCGUUGGUCUUCUAGCCGUCUCCACGCUCGCUUCCCACCACUCUUCGGAUCCAUCGCAGGACGCAGAGCAUCUCAAGGUAACCAAGAGUGCCUCCGAGUAAAUUUUCUAAUUGGAAUCUUUGUUCAGGGAAAAGAACAUGACAAGAAGUACGAUCACGAGCAGUUCCUCGGAAAGGACACUGCCGCCGAGUUUGACGAUUUGACGCCAGAGAAGUCGAAAGCAAAACUUGCGUAAGUGAAGUCCCUCUCAGAUGAAGAAAUUAAACUGUUCUUAUUUCAGCAAGCUCGUGCCGAAGAUGGAUGCUGACAGCGAUGGGUUCAUCGAGGAGAACGAGCUCAAGGAUCACAUCAACUUCAUGCAGAAGAGAUACGUGAACAACGACGUUGAGCGCACCUGGAAGAACUAUAAGGCCGAGAAGAUCGUCGACGGAAAAAUCAAGUGGGAGGACUACAGAGAGAUGGUCUACGGAUCUGCCGACGGAGCCGGACAGGAGCUCUCCCCGGAGUACGCCAAGAUGAUCGCUCGUGACGAAAAGAGAUGGGCUGUCGCCGAUUACGAUUCCAACAGCGCCCUUGACAGAACCGAGUACGGUUGCUUCAUGCAUCCAGAGGACUGCGACCACAUGAGAGACAUCGUCGUCGCCGAGACCGUCGAUGAUAUCGAUAAGAACAAGGACGGAUACGUCGACCUGGACGAAUACAUCGGAGAUAUGUACAGACCAGAGGACUACCCAGAGUUGAACGGAAAGGAACCAGACUGGGUUGAGUCUGAGCGCGAAAUGUUCAAGGAGCACAGAGACAAGGAUGGAGACAGCAAGCUGAACCAGGAGGAGAUGCGCGACUGGAUCAUGCCAGUUGGAUUUGACCACGCCGAGGCUGAGGCCCGUCACUUGGUCGGAAUCGCCGACGACAACAAGGACGGAAAGCUGUCGCCUGAGGAGAUUGUCGCCCACUACGACACUUUCGUCGGAUCGCAGGCUACCGACUACGGAGAGCAGCUCCAGAAGCACGACCCAGCCGAGCUCUAA